AUGGCAACAAAAAUAAAUCAGAAGGAGUACCUUAAGAAAUACUUAUCCGGCGAUGUGGGCGAGAAGAAGAAAAAGAAAAAAAAGCGACCGAUUGUUGGACAAACGGUGAAGAUCAUCGAUGAUGACAUUGAUGUGUCGAAAAUGCAACAUUUCCAGGACAAUGAUGACUUAGAAAUGCUGACUACCGGUGAAGAUGCUCCACAAGUGGUUGGGGUCAUUGACGAGCGUCCGCCGGAAUUGAGAGCUCAAGAUUUCAAAAACAGCACAAAGUGGAAGGUUAUCAGUGAUGAUAAUGGGUAUGAAUCUUCACUGACUAUUCAGCAAUUGGAUAGGCAAUCGGGUCGAGUUGAAAAGUCCCAAACGAGCAAGUCUUCAGAGAGGAGAGAAACGUCCAAAAAGAAAUACGAGAGUAGUCCGGAUCUCUCACCACGGCGGAAAAGGAAUACAAGCGUAGAUUUGUCUCCUCCUCGUCGCAGAAGCAGCCCUGAUUUGAGUCCUAAGCGACGUGGAAGACAUUCUCCAGAUCUAUCACCCCCUAGAAGGAGAUCCCGAUCACCCAAAAGGAACCAAUCCUCGUCUAGUAGAAAUCGCAAUUCUCCUCGAAGACGACUCUCUGAUGACCUUUCACCUCCCCGUAGAGACCGGGGCAGGAAAGAUUCUGAAUAUAGACGAGAUAGCAGGAAUUUGUCACCUCCACGAAGGAAGGAACAUUCCAGAGGUCGUAGAACUCCUCCAGAUUUAUCGCCUCCGAGGAAAAGGUUCAGUCCAAGACCUUCCACAUCCAGAAGGAGACAAUCAACAGACUUUUCGCCCAAGAGAAGGAGGAACAGAGAUCCCUCUCCUUCACCACGUAGAAAGCCUUCUAUAAGUCCAGACCUUUCGCCCAGGAGACGCAAACGUUCCUCUUCGCAUGACUCUCCAGACAGAAACAAGAUGAAGAAGACUUUGGAGGGCAAAACAGCCGGUCUGCAGGAUGCAAAAUCUCUUCGGACAGAGAGCGAGAAAAUCAGGAAGCGAGAUGCUGAAGCAUUCAGCAAGAUGAGUGAUGAUAUGUCUGGUAGAAAUGCCAGGGCUGUUGUCCGGGAUAGAAGAACGGGAAGAAUACGGGAUCUGGAGGCAGAGGCUGAGAAGGAUCGUGCUAAGGAGCGCAAGGAGCAAGAGAAGAAAGCGGUUUAUGAUCGCUGGGGGAAGGGAUUGAAGCAAGUGGAGGAUUAUAGGCAGAGAAUUGAUGAAGAAAGCUAUGAAAUGAGCAAACCUCUGGCAAGGUAUUCCGAUGAUGCUGACCUGGACAAUUAUCUGAAGCAGCAGGAACGCGAGGGAGAUCCCAUGUUGGAGUACAUUAGGCAGAAGGAACGUGAGAAGCAGACGGACAGCAAAAAACCCACUGUACCAGUUUAUAGGGGUCCAUAUCCAGAAAACAGAUUCAGUAUUCGACCUGGCUAUCGAUGGGAUGGAGUGGAUAGAUCCAAUGGAUAUGAGAAAAAAUGGUUUGAUGUGCAGAACAAGAAGAAAGCCAUCCAGGAGGAGGCCUAUCGGUACAGCACGGAAGAUUUAUAAGACUAUUUGAUUUUUACAAAUAGGCAGACAAAUUUUAUGAUGCAAAAUAAAGAAGAAUGUGUGAUUCUCCCUGACACGCUAAUAAAUUAAUAAGAAUUGAGAUUGGAUA